AUGUCUUCAAUAAAUCAAUAUGAAUUAUUGAAAAUAAAUGGUUCAUGGAAAGAUCGUCUUAAAUAUAUUUUAUCAUUGACUGAUAAAAAUGAUAUAGAAAAACAUUUAAAAGAAUCAUCCAAGUCAUCUUAUGAUGAUUUAAAGAUGUUGAUUUCUUUAUCAUUAUCAACUAAGAAUGAGAAAAAUUUAUUCGACAUAUUUAAAAACAAUUCAUUACCAACACAACAACGAGCUUCUGCUGGUCAACGUUGGAUUCUACUUCAAAAAGAUCCAAAACAAAUUCAAAAUUUUAUUGUUGAAUCAAUCAAUGAUAAAAGUCUUCCUCGAUAUUUGAAACAUCAAAUAUUAAAAGAUCUUCAUCGAAUUGAUUGCUUAAAAAAAUCUUCAUCAUUUUUUUAUGAUCUUGCUUGUCAUUUAACAGAAUCAAAUAAUCAUGAUCAAUAUAAUAUAGAUGCCUAUUUAGUACCAUAUUGUAAAUACGAUCAAAUAAUUGAUCUUUUAUCACGAUGGUCAUUAAAACGUUUUGAACAAAUUAAUUUAUCAUCAGCAUUUUAUUUUAAAUUAAUUCGUUAUCAACCUCUUAUUAUCAUUCAUUUAAUGAAAGCUGAUUUAAAUGAAUACAAAAAUGAUUAUGAAAAAUUUUCAAAUUAUUUUAACAAAAAAUAUAAAACAUUUGAAUUAAUUUCAAAAAAAGAACCAAAAACAUUGAUGAAUUUAACAAUUGAAUAUUUAAAUCAAUUAGAGAAACAUAAAAGAUUUUUACCUUAUUUUAUUCAUUGCAACAGUACAUAUUUUUUUGAAAAAUGUCCAGAAGAAAUGAUUCAAAUCAUAACAAUUAUUGCUUCAAAUCAACCAGGUCAAAUGAAAUAUGCAUCAAGCUGGAGCAAUGAUGGAUAUGAUUUUAGUUCACUUCAAAUAUCUCGUUCAUUUUCUAUUGAAAAUUAUGUUCGUUUAUUUCUUGUUUUAUAUGAUACAUGUAAAUGGUCAUCAAAUUAUACAAUUGUUGAUAUUAUUAUUGAAAAACAUAUUGGAAAAGAAUUAUUCUUAAAAAAAUUAUUAAAAGAAGGAAAUGAAGAGAAUCUUCGUCUAUUUCAAAUGUAUCCAGAAUUUACAACACCACUUUCUAUUCAUAUAUUAUCACAAUCUGAACGUGAUAGAGCAGUUGAUGAUAAAGAACGUUUAUCAUUUCUUCGUUAUCAACUAAUGACACAAGAAAUUUUUGAUAAAUUUUUAUCCUUAUUUAAAAAAACGGGUUCAGAUGUUAAUUAA